AUGGCAACUAAUGGUGAUAUGGGAUCUAAAGAAACUUUUCAGCUCGAUUCUAUGCAAUCCAAAUUUGAUGAGAUUCGUGAUAAAAUUGAACAAGAACUGCAGGGACAAGAUACAGGCAUUAUUAAAAUCAAAUUUCCUGUUAAAGAACUUAAAGAACUUAGCGAUCUUAACGUACGGGAAAAAAUCCACAAUGCCUUCAAUGCCGAAAGAAUUGGAUUUGAUCUAUUCAUCAAA